CCCCGAUGCUGUGCUACCGAUUUCCUACACAACUCGAUUGACUUCGACCUCAAAACGCCUCGACCUUUGGAUCCAACUUCACAAUGUCCGAGCCUGUGUUCACGACUUUGAUAUCUAUGCAAUUUUCGAAAUUUCGCAGUCGAAUCGCACACACAUAGCACCACCAUCGGCGACCCCUUUUUGGCUGAUUUACCUCUGACGUUUCUUCGUUCUCCUUUUCACUUACCAUGGCGCCCAAAAAGCCUGCUGUGACUUCCAAGGCUCUGCAAGCUUUACUCACACGCAUCGGCUCUGCAUUGUCAGGGACUAAAAGCACGCUUCUCCAUCGUUUCCAGCACGAUGUUCCAAGCUCUUAUCACUUUCGUCCACAAUCCACACGGAACGAAUCACAGCCGGAACCAUGGGGUCACAAGGUACGCGUCAUGAGCAUCGAUAUGGGCAUCAGAAAUCUGGCAUUCUGCGACGCCGAAGUAUCUUACCCAGCAGCUGAGCUUAAGUCCGAGCAAGACCUCAACGCUACCAUGAACGUCCUGCGCUGGAAGAAACUCGACCUUGUGGAAGGCCAACGCUACCAUGACUCCCACCAGCAGUCAUUGGAAGACAUCCAGGAGAAUAUUGGGGCUGCAGGGGAUGAUAUCAGCCAAUUCACUCCCUCCGUCCUUUCGAAGACCGCCUAUCGUUUGAUCACAGAAGAGGUCUUAAGUGUAAACCCGGAUAUCAUACUCAUCGAGAAACAACGCUGGCGCUCGGGCGGUGGCAGCGCGGUCCAACAAUGGACUGUGCGAGUCAACACACUGGAAGCUAUGCUUUGGGCUAUCUUGGAGACGCUGAAAAUGACGCGGCAGUCCCGCUACCAAACCGGAAAAUUUGUUGCAAAGCAAGACUUUCACGUCCGCGCUGUUGAUCCGAAGCGUGUUGGACAGUAUUGGUUGGGCCAGCAUGCUCGAGCUCUGGGAGAGCGGGACGAAGAUGCUCUGGCUAUCAACGUAGCUGGUCUCUCAAAAGGCGCCAAGGAGCCUGAAGACGCGGAAGAGGAGGAAACCGGGAAGAUUGCAAAGAAGCCAAGUCGCGGCAAAGCAGAGAAGAGUGCGAAAAUCGCAAUACUCCGUUUGUGGCUGGCGGAUGAUACAAUGUCUACGGUGCCAUCUACGCCAUCCUCGAUGCCACACAUCACAUUCGGUAUCGGGCCCGAUGCAGCGUCGACUCGUCAAGCCCUACUUCCCAAAGUCAAGCGACGGAAUAAGGGUUCUAAGGCAGCCACCAAGGAUGCAGGACAAGUUGAGAACAUCUCUGUAACAGAAAUCAAGAAGCUUGACGAUAUUACGGACUGUUUUCUGCAAGCUGCGGCGUGGAUCGCGUGGGAGUCGAACCGGUUGCAGCUCAUGGCUCUGUCCAACGGUGGGAAGCUGGACCCUUCGAAACAUCCAUCGACGAUAGAUGAAGAUCAGAUUCUGAAGAUGAUCAAGGAAGUUGGGGAGGUUUGAGGUUUUUGGCCUUUUCGACAAGAGAAGUCACGGGGCCAAGAUGCACAAUAGAAGGACGGUCAAACUCGUUAAUGUGUGGGACUACUCAUUAGGCCAGGUUUCAACCAGCUUUCCAUAUGAAUCGAACAGCAAACUGGUAACAUCUCAGCUUGAAUUAUCCUCAGAACCACCUUCAUCCCUCCAACCCACUGAACAACCCUUCUCCUCAUCCACUCUCCUCCCUGUCUUCUCUCACUGCGCUCACCCCUCACAAAUCAAAUCAAAAUCCGGAAACAGCGGAUCAGGCCCAAUAUUCGUACUCGCAACACCCGUCUGAAAGUCCUGCACUUUCGCCGUCUGCUGCGCCUGAUUACACUUCUCUGUCCACACGUCAGCAUUCAUCCAUUUCAUCCCCUUCCCCAAUACUCCG